AGUAACGGCGGAUUAACCGGGUACGGCACAUUUGCCAUACGAAAUCCGGAGAAAGAGAAGAUAACAGAGACUGAUAGACGCGAGAGACGAGAGAGAGAGAGGGAGAUAAGAGAAGAUGUCGAAGUUACCAAUGAACGUGAUAUUCUUUGCCGCCGUCUUGGUCUGCUUCUUCGGAAGGGAAGCCUUAUGUCUGAAGGCCAUGCGAAUUCGGGUACCAUCGGUCGUCAAGUCGGGCGACACCGUGACCCUUUCUUGCGAGUACGACCUCGAGCAGGUGGCGCUGUACUCUGUCAAGUGGUACCGCAACGACGAAGAGUUCUACAGGUUCGUGCCGAAGGAAUCUCCUCCCUACAGGGCCUUCGCUUUGCCACACAUCAACGUAGAUACAUCCAAAUCUGGUCCCACCGAGGUGACUCUCAGAGGCGUACGCAAGGAAUUGAGCGGGGACUAUAAAUGUGAAGUAUCUGCAGACGCCCCCUUAUUUCAUACUGACAUCAAGGGGGCACAUAUGAUCGUGGUAGAUUUGCCGAUCGGUGAUCCAGUGAUGAGUAUCGAGCCAUCGGCUGCUAAAGUGGAAAUAGGGAAGAAGAUAACGGCGAGGUGCUACGCUCCUGCCUCUGAUCCGCCUGCUAACAUCACGUGGUUCAUCAACGACGAUCAGGUCGCUUCCAACAACAGUGCGACAAAAAUAUCUCGUCUGGAAGUAGAAAUCGACCAGGACCUGGACUUGAAAUCAUCAAAAUCGAAACUGGAUUUGACAACGACGAGAUCUCAUUUCGUCCACGGAUUGCUGACAAUCAAAUGCCGGGCGUCGAUAUUCUCGAUAUGGCAGCAAACUGUCGGAACAAACGUGAGAGAAGACAGUCCUCAAUUGGCAUCUGUGUUGGGAUCCACCUCGUCACAAAGUCAUACAGAUCAAGUCAUAGAAAUAAUCAGCAGCAACUCAUCUAGUCAUCAACUACCGACAAAGAAUGCUUCGUUCUUCUUCUCUGUGCUAACCAUAGUAGUUCUUAUGAGGUAGUUCAUUGUUCAUCCAUUGACUGAAACUUAGAUUUUAUGAUGUGUGCCUCAUGAGAAAUAUUUGUUGAAAUGUUUAGAGAAUCUAGGUGAUAUACCUGAAUAAGAUUGUAUAGUGAGUGUUCAAAAUCCAGUUUCACGUCCUCAGAUCUCUCGUAUAUCUGAGAAAAUUUGAAAUGAAUGAAAAUUGUAGAUGUUCCAUAUUAUAUACAAUCUACUGCUCAAUCAAAGAAUUUCUUCAAUGAAUUGAAUAUUCACUCAUAAAUUAUUUUCGUUGGUCUCGAAUAUUUUGAAACUUGGUAGAUUUGUUUUCAUUCAAUUGAGCAGUAAUGUAUAGUAAUUCGAUUUAAAACGUUGAUUUUGAUAUAGGCAAGACUUAUGUGUAAAUAUUGAAUAUAAUAAGAAUAUUAUUUUAACAUAUUUUAGCUAUAAAUGUUACAAAAAACAUUCCAAAUAUAUGGUUAUGUCAAAAGUUGAACAAUCGGUGUACCUAUCAGAAAUCGCUAUUCUUAU